AAUUGUAAUCACAGCGACACUUUGGCAUUAGAAGUAUUUCAGAACUUCAACCAAUCGGAUACCAAAGGAGUUGACGUGUACCAUCAACAUGAAAUUGAUCCUAUUGUGCGCCUUGUUGUCUGUGACAGCCGCAUCCCGCACCCACCAGUUGGUUGUGGUGAAACCCGAAAUUCCCACUACAGAGUACCGGGAACAGGACUCCAAAGGAUUUUAUUCCUUCGGCUAUAGUGGCGAAGAGUCUGCCAAGGCCGAGUACAAAACACGCGAUGGUUCCUCCAAGGGAUUCUAUUCAUACAUCGAUUCUGACGGAAAGUUGCAGACUGUGAAAUAUGAGGCAGGCCGCAAACAAGGCUUUACCGCUUCAGCGACAAAUCUGCCCAGCCAGCCAGUGGAUAAUAAUCGCCCUCCAGAGCCAGUAACCGAUACCCCUGAAGUAGAAAUGGCCAAACAGGCGCAUUUCGAGGCGUAUCGCGAAGCAGCCAUUAAAGCGGCCAUGGAACCAGACACCGACGAGCAAACGGACGAAAAUGAACUCAAACGAGCCUCGGCCGAGAGCGAUACAAGUGCCGAACUACAACAGAACACAAGAGACCUGCUGCUGAGUCGACAAAAUUCCCGAGAUCAGCUAUUGAAUUUGUUGAGAGAGCAUGAGGAGGAACGCGCCAGAGACGACCAACAAUCACAGCAACUUAUGACCACCUACAUCCUGAGUGCUAGUGCUGAGGCAAGAGCCCAUGGUGCUGGUCAGGCCCUGGCUCAGGCUACUAUCGGCCAACCUGCUCUUUCGGAACUCAGAACCAUUUACAGCAUGGACAACGGCGACUCGAAUGUGGUGUUGAAAGUCGGCAGUGGAAAUGGCAAUGGAGAUGACCUCAUCAGCAGCAGCCUUGGUUUGAGCAAUGGUAAUUUAAAGCAAGACGAAUCGUCAAUUUUACAGAACUCUCAAGAGAACUCCUUUUACACCGUAGACAAUCCCAAUGCCCACUACACUGUCGAAAUACCCACGGUCUUGACCACCCUGCCACGCAUAGAGUCAAUUCGGGUGGGCGGUGUAAAUGGUCAUUUGCCUUUGGCCAAGAGCACCACCUAUAUAACCCAACGUUUGAAGUCGUUCUAA